AUGGCAACUCAAAAACGAGUUCUUCUUUCCUCUAUCGAUACUUUAACUUUCUACGAUGGAGAGCGAACGAACUUUCGACGUACGAGUCCAGUACUUCAAUUAGUCUGUCAAGGACAACCUUGUAAACGUUUUAAACCAGAUGUGAUUCAAUGCCAGAAUACAGGUGGAUCUGGUAGUAAUAUUCAUUGGAAAUGUGAAGCUGAUUUACCUUCAAGUAUUAAACUUGGUAGAACAGAAGUCAGUUGUGAAGGAUUUCGAAAUGCUGAUGAUCCUUAUAUUCUUGAAGGAUCAUGUGGCUUGACUUAUACAUUGAAAGAUGCUGGGUUUUCUUCAUCUCAUACUCGCGAUGGGAUGUCAUUGGAAGGUUUUCUCUUCUGGGCACUCUUUGCAAUUGUGGGAAUCUUUAUUAUCUAUCCAUUACUUCGAUCACUUUUUUCUACCGCACUUCGACCAGUGAGCCGAUACUUUCCCGGAUCCUUUGGAGGAUCAGGCGGGGGUGGUGGCGGAGGUGGGGGUGGUGGUUGGGGAUGGGGAAACCGACCUGGAUCUCGAUUCUGGGGUGGUGGCCGACCUAGCGAUCCACCUCCACCGUAUUCCCCCCGGAACCCGCCUCCCCCCAAAACGUCGGGUGGUGCAGACGGACCUUGGAGGCCAGGAUUCUGGACUGGUCUUUUGGCAGGAACGGCUGCUACAAGUGGGCUCUUUGGUGGACGAGGAUUUGAAGCUCCUAGAGCGAUGUAUAGAGGUCAAGGGAGUUCAAGGGAUAUGGAUGAUUCGAGUAACAUGGGCCCUAUUAGGUCUUCCACUGGAUUUGGUGGUACUAGGAAUCGGUGA